AUCUCAUUCCUCCUCACUUCCCUAUAUAUAUUUCCUCCCUCAUUCUUCUCCAAUCCAAAUUGAACACCAAAAACCUCAUAAAUCACUAGAAAAAACUAAAAUUCAAAGCAAAAUGGAUCAACAGUUACUACCAACGAACUUCCCGGUAGAUUUUCCGGUGUAUCGCCGGAAUUCAAGUUUCAGUCGUCUAAUCCCCUGUUUAACUGAAACAUGGGGAGAUUUACCAUUAAAAGUCGACGAUUCCGAAGAUAUGGUAAUUUACGGUCUAUUAAAGGACGCUCUUAGCGUCGGAUGGUCGCCGUUUAAUUUCACCGCCGGCGAAGUAAAAUCGGAGCCGAGAGAAGAAAUUGAGUCGGUGCCUGAAUUUGUACCUUCUCCGGCGGAGACCACCGCAGCUCGGGCGACUGAAAUACCGAAGGGAAGACAUUAUAGAGGCGUUAGACAGCGGCCGUGGGGGAAAUUUGCGGCGGAGAUUCGAGAUCCGGCGAAGAACGGAGCUAGGGUUUGGCUUGGAACGUAUGAAACAGCUGAAGAAGCUGCUAUUGCUUAUGAUAAAGCUGCUUAUAGAAUGAGAGGAUCAAAAGCACAUUUGAAUUUCCCGCACCGGAUCGGUUUGAAUGAACCGGAACCGGUUCGAGUUACGGCGAAAAGACGAGCAUCGCCUGAACCGGCAAGCUCGUCGGAAAACGGUUCAAUGAAACGGAGAAGAAAAGCCGUUCGGAAAUGUGACGGAGAAGUGGAGAGUAGAUCAAGUGUUAUGCAAGUUGGAUGUCAAAUCGAACAAUUGACAGGUGUCCAUCAACUAUUGGUCAGUUAAAUAGCCGGCACUUUUCCGAACGCGAAAUACUUUGUGCAUAUUUUUUCCGAACCCUUAAAUAAAUUCGAAAUACUCUAUGCAUCGGACUAUGAUAGUGGAGAAGAAUCGAAAGUCCAAUGAACAAAAUUAUCGUCAUAGGGUUAAAUUCGACGUUGUAAAAAGUUUGAUUUUCAUUAAUAUUAUCUUUGAUCUUUGAUAA